CUCCUUCCCCUGCUCCCUCCCUCCGCUCUUUCUGCUUCUCUCUCCCUUCAUUCUCGCUCUCGUCUCACCCACCCCGAUCUCCGUUUGUGUUCCCCUCUUCCUCUGUCACACGCGCACACACUCUUUCCCCUCUCCCUGUUUUUCUGUCAUUUGACUUUGCAUCUCAAGGCGGCUACCGGCUCCUCUAUGAAUCCCGUCUGUUGAUCUGUCACCUUCCCUCCACCCCUGUCCCCUCCCAGCUCCACUCCUGUACCUGGAGCAAGGCAGGAGCGGACGCCGAGCAGCAUGUCCCGAAGGAAACAGAGCAAACCCAGGCAGAUCAAACGGCCCCUUGAAGAUGCCACUGAGGAUGAAGAAGAAGAGUGCCUGUCUGAGGAAAAUGAUACUAUCUCGAAAGAAGACUUUCCAUUGGAGGAAAGCUUUUCUGCAGAGUUUGAACCUGAAAAUCUGAGCUGUGAAGAAGUGGAAUUCUUUUGUAAUAAAGGUAAUGAAGAAGGCAUCCAGGAGGCAGCAGAACCUGAUGGCGAUGCAAGGUCAGAGAAACCAGGGCAGCUUGCUGUGGAGACUGAAGAUUGGGAUGGGCCAGACCUAGUGCAAGAGAAGGGCCAAGACUGCAAAAGCAGGCACUGGGGGCUUUCAGGAGAGUUGGAGGUGGUCCAGAAAGACGGGGAGCGCAAGAUUCAGAGCCGGCAGCAGCUUCCGGUUGGAACAACGUGGGGGCCUUUCGCUGGGAAGAUGGAUCUGAAUAAUAACACCUUGAAGACAAAGGCUUCAGUCCCUAUGGUACUGACUGCUGGCCCCAAGUGGUUGCUGGAUGUGACUUGGCAAGGAGUAGAAGACAACAAAAACAACUGCAUUGUGUACAGCAAAGGAGGGCAGCUUUGGUGUACCACAACCAAGGCCAUCUCAGAGGGUGAAGAGCUGAUUGCCUUUGUUGUAGAUUUUGACUCAAGGCUGCAAGCUGCCAGUCAGAUGACUCUCACAGAAGGCAUGUAUCCUGCCCGCCUGCUGGACUCCAUACAAUUGCUCCCUCAACAAGCUGCAAUGGCAUCUAUUUUGCCUACAGCUAUUGUGAACAAGGACAUAUUCCCUUGCAAAUCCUGUGGCAUUUGGUACCGAAGUGAGCGGAACCUGCAGGCCCAUCUCAUGUAUUACUGCAGUGGGAGGCAAAGAGAGGGGCCACAGCUGUCAGAGGAGAGUGAAGACAGUGCUCAGCAGAUAUCCAGUGUCUGCCCCUUUCCGCAGUGCACCAAAAGUUUUUCGAAUGCAAGAGCUCUGGAAAUGCACCUAAAUUCUCACAGUGGAGUGAAAAUGGAAGAAUUUCUCCCGCCCGGUGCUAGUCUGAAAUGCACAGUUUGUACUUACACUGCAGACUCAGUGAUUAACUUUCAUCAGCACCUGUUCUCGCAUCUUACUCAAGCUGCCUUUAGAUGCAAUCACUGCCAUUUUGGCUUCCAAACUCAGAGGGAGCUACUGCAGCACCAAGAGUUACAUGUCUCUGGCAACAAAAUCCAGAGAGAAAGUGACAUUGAACACUCUCCAAGUGGAAACGAAGAAGGUUUACAGCCAGCAACGGACCUGUUAAGCAGAAAUGAUGUUCCCCAGAGCCAAAAGACCAUGCAGACUAAAGAUGCAAGUUCUGAUACAGAGCUUGAUAAAUGUGAAAAAAAGGCUCCACUUUUCCUUCCAAACCAGAGGCCAGAAACGCAACCUGCAGCAAAUAAGCAGAGUUUUUCAUAUACUAAAAUAAAAUCCGAACCAUCCAGUCCAAGACUUGCUUCAUCUCCCGUUCAACCUAAUAUUGGUCCUUCUUUCCCAAUGGGACCUUUUCUUUCCCAGUUUGCUUUUCCCCAAGACAUCACUGUGGUUCCUCAGGCUUCAGAGAUAUUAGCCAAAAUGUCAGAACUGGUCCAUCGAAGGCUGAGGCAUGGAAGUAGCAAUUAUCCUCCCGUAAUUUACAGUCCUCUGAUGCCUAAAGGGGCUACAUGUUUUGAGUGCAACAUAACAUUCAAUAAUUUGGACAACUACUUGGUUCACAAAAAGCAUUACUGCAGCAGCCGAUGGCAGCAGAUGGCAAAGUCACCAGAUUUUUCCAGUGUUCCAGAAAAAAUUCCAGAAGCUGUCAGUCCCAGUAAUGGUCAAAGUUCUAUAAACAUCCUGAAUGCAGCUCCUCACACAUCAGAUCCAGAGAAUCAACUUCUGCAGACAUCUUGCAUAAACUCUUCCAGCGUUUUAGAUUUGAUCGGGCCAAACAAUAAAAGUCAUGAAAAAGACUUUACUGCACAACCCAAGAAGUUGUCAACUGCAAGCAACGGUGAUGAGAAGAUAAACGGAAAACCUUCUGAUGUGAAAAAUCCCAAUGCUCCUUUAGUAGAGGGCGAGAGUGACCCUAACAAGACCACAUGUGAAGCUUGUAAUAUUACUUUCAGCAGACAUGAAACCUACAUGGUCCACAAGCAGUAUUACUGUGCUACUCGCCAUGAUCCCCCACUGAAGAGGUCCGCUUCCAACAAAGUGCCUGCCAUGCAGAGAACAAUGCGUACUCGGAAGCGAAGGAAGAUGUAUGAGAUGUGCCUGCCAGAGCAAGAGCAAAGGCCACCACUAGUUCAACAGCGAUUUCUAGAAGUGGCUAAUCUUGGCAAUCCUUGUACAUCUACUCAAGAGUCAACAGAGGGUCUUGGAGAUUGUUACCAUCCACGAUGUGAUAUCUUUCCAGGAAUAGUCUCAAAGCAUCUGGAAACAUCACUGUCUAUUAACAAGUGUGCUCCAGUUUCAAAGUGUGAUACUCCCCACUCCACUGUAUCUUGCUUGGAGAUGGAUGUGCCAAUAGAUCUCAGUAAAAAGUGCUUACCCCCGUCAGAGAGGACAUCCACUUCUCCCAAAAGGCUGCUGGACUACCAUGAGUGCACUGUGUGCAAGAUCAGUUUUAACAAGGUAGAGAACUACCUGGCUCACAAGCAGAAUUUUUGCCCUGUCACUGCCCAUCAGCGCAGUGAUCUGGGACAAAUUGACAGUAAGGUGUUUCAAAACCCAGAAAGUGAAAGAAACAGCCCAGAUGUCAGUUAUGAGAGAAGCAUAAUCAAAUGUGAGAAAAAUGGAAACUCAAAACAGUCCUCUCCUAAUGGAAACUUAUUUUCCACACACUUAGCAACACUUCAAGGACUAAAAGUCUUUAGUGAAGCGGCCCAGCUUAUUGCUACAAAAGAAGAAAACAAACAUUUGUUUCUUCCACAAUGCCUUUACCCUGGAGCAAUAAAGAAAGCUAAAGGAGCAGAUCAGCUUUCUCCAUAUUAUGGAAUAAAGCCAAGUGAUUACAUUUCUGGUUCUCUCGUCAUUCAUAACGCUGAUCUAGAUCAAAGCACAAAUACAGAAAGUGAAUCUCCUAAAGGCCAGGCGCCUUCGAAUGGAUGUGCUGUGCAGAAGAAAGAAUCUCUUCCACUACUGCCGAAAAACCGAGGCAUGGUAAUAGUUAAUGGGGGACUAAAACAGGAGGAAAGACCUGCCGCUAACCCACAGCAAGAGAACAUUUCCCAGAAUCCACCGCAUGAAGAUGGGCACAAGUCUCCUUCUUGGAUCUCUGAGAAUCCCUUAACUGCAAAUGAAAAUGUCUCUCCAGCAAUUCCUACAGCAGAGGAACAGUUGUCUAGUAUAGCUAAAGGUGUGAAUGGCUCUACCCAGGCUCCAAGCAGUGGAAAGUACUGCCGACUGUGUGACAUCCAGUUCAACAAUCUUUCAAACUUUAUAACUCAUAAGAAGUUUUAUUGCUCUUCACAUGCAGCAGAACAUGUCAAAUGAAACAGUCGGUCACCUUUGGUACCUGUGUUUAGCAUAUUGUUCCAUACAGUUUAAAGAAAGCUGUUUGAAUUACAUCUGGACAAUCAGGAGAUUUCACUAUUGCUGAGUUGAAGACUUAAAGGUGUAAUUUCAUUACAGUCCAUUAGUAAAGUGUAUUAUUGGUGCCAUUUUCAAAAAUAUUAAUUUAUUUUACCAGCAGUAUUCAUAGCUGUAGUUAUGUUAUUUUUAUUUAAAAACUUUAUAUUAAAGUCAUUUGUAAUGUUAUUGUAUAGUUAUUGUGUAGCACAUAUGGUUUGCACUGUAUAGUAGAUUUUAAAGAAAAUAGUCGCAAACAAUACAGAAAAGCAUUUUAGAAAUAGCUUCAAAAGCACUUGUGUAUCCUGAUUUUUUUUCUUAUAUGCUGUUGCAGAUAUAUGUAUAUGCUAAAAUAUAACUUGCAAAGAAGUUUCAACUAUGCUGUGAAGUUCGCCUUAAAAUUUCAAUUUUUUGAACAAUUGGGCUCAGUUUGCACUUUAUAUUUUAGCAGAUACAUUACCUUAGUCAUUAGGCUUUGCAUUUGUAUGUAGCAGUAUGUUUCUGUCCACUUUCUUAAUCUGAAACGUACGUUAAAUGAAGAUGGCAUUUUCUUUCUUGUAUAGUACUUGUAUUUUCUUUCGCUGAUGCAUCUCUGUCUCGAUUUUUAAACCUUUGCUGUUAAAUGCAAUACUUUAUAAAGAAUGAACAAAAUUACUGGAAGCAGUAUUGUAAGUAAUGAGGUCAUAUCAAUCAGUUUUAUCUUUUGAAAGGCACAGUCUAAAACAAAACCUAAACUCAAUGCUGCAAUUAUGAAUCUAAUUCAUAUAUAAGAUAUAUUUAAAUAUAAGAGUAGCAAUACUGCAACUGGUGAUCACAAAGAUAAUGUUCUACUUCUGAUAGAAAUAAUUUCUCAACAAAUGUUGUUACUAUGCAUGUAUAUGGAUGGAAUAAAAUUCCAGAUCAUUGGAGAA